CUCUCUCCAUCUCUCUUUCCCCCCCUCCCUCCACUUCAACGGGUAGUGUUUCCCAUUUCCUUCUUCUUGGCAUUCUGCCAGUUCCCCUCCCCAGGAAUCUUAAUGCCCUUUUCUUCUUUCCUCAUCGCUAACCAGACCCACACUGACACAGGCAUUGGAUCACUCUUAGCUGCGUCAUCGGGCAUCGCUACUAUGCUUAAGCAAAUCUUUGCAAAAAUUCCUCGGAAGUCGUUGAAAUCCAAUUCAAAGGAUUCGUCUGUGGCCAAACCCCACAGCAACAGCAUCAACCCUACCAACUCCGGGGAUGAGCUUCAGUUCACAAACAGCUGCAAUGUCCUAGCAAACCAGCUAAAUGUAGUGAAACGCGUGUCGUCUGCAAUAUUCCCUGCAAACAUUGUGCCUGGUGGUGGGGAGUCUGUUGGGCCCCGCGUGUGUUUUAAGGAUGUUUCUAGCGGCGAGAGGCAUGGCCUUUUCUUGAGCAAAUUGAACCUCUGCUGCUCAUUGUUUGAUUUCAGCGAUCCAGACAAGGACGCGGCAGAGAAAGAACAGAAGAGGCAGGUAUUAGUAGAGCUCAACGAUUUUGUUACUUCUGGAUCUGUUAAAUGCUCCGAAUCUGCCAUAGCCGCAGUUUGCAAAAUGUGUGCUGUCAACUUGUUUAGAGACUUUCCUCCCAAGUGCCCCUCCAGUUCUGCCCGAGGUGAGGGUGAAGAUGAAGAACCAUCAUUUGAUCCUGCCUGGUAUCACUUACAGCUUGUGUACGAUCUACUGCUUCAAUUCAUAAGCCUACCUUCUCUUGAUCCCAAGGCAGCGAAGAAAUAUGUACACCAAUCGUUCAUAGUGAAAUUGCUCAAUCUAUUUGAUUCUGAAGACCCAAGGGAAAGAGAAUGCCUAAAGUUGGUUCUCCACCGGCUUUAUGAGAAGUUCAUGAUGCAUAGGCCUUUUAUAAGAAAUGCAAUGAGUAACAUAUUCUAUUUCUUUGUUUUCGAGAGACAAUGGCAUAAUGGGAUUUCGGAACUCUUAGAAGUUUUGGGGAGUGUGAUUAGCGGCUUUGCGUUGCCUUUGAAAGACGAGCACAAGAUGCUCUUCUCUAGGGCCUUGAUACCUUUGCACAAGCCAAAGACAUUGGGUGUCUAUCACCAACAGCUCGUAUACUGCGUUGUGCAGUUUGUAGAGAAGGAGCCAAAUCUGGCCAGCGUUUUGGUUGCAAGACUUUUGAGAUAUUGGCCUGUGAAGAAUAGCCAAAAGGAACUUAUGUUUAUCAGUGAGAUCGAAGAGCUUCUCGAAAUGAUGAGCGUCUCCGAGUUCCAGAAGAUCAUGGUGCCCCUCUUUAGGCGCUUUGGGUGUUGCCUUAAUAGCUCCCAUUUCCAGGUAGCUGAGCGAGCACACGCGUUAUGGAACAACGGCAACAUCCUUAACCUUGUGAUGCACAACAAGGAUGUGAUCAUGCCGAUCGUAGUGUCGGCCUUAGAGAAGGACUACCAAACCCAUUGGAACAAAUCGAUUCUGAGCCACUCGCAAAAUGUGAGAAAAGUGAUAUUGGAGAUGGACGAGGAGCUCGUCCUUUCGUGCCAACGUAAACUCGAGGAGGAGAAGAAGCCGAAGUCAAACGUCGAGUCAAAUGGGAACACCCCUCUCUCGCCGUCUCUAACUAAACCGGUGAAAGCUUAUUCUUCUUUAUAUUAAUGGGAGAAAGUCCAUACAUUAGAGCUCUUACAGGAAGAAGCAUCAGUAUGUUAAUUAAUACUGAGUUGUGAU